GUAAGUUGGUUUUUACAAUGUUUUAAUUUUUUAGUGAGUUAUUUUUAGGAUAAAUUACAAUAAUUUAACUACUUAUACUGAAAAAUUGUUGGCUAUAAAUUUAUUGGUUUUACAUUAAUGCUUUUUUUCUAUCCGUCAUCAGUUUUCAGAACAGAAAAAAUGCACAAAUUAUAGUUUAAAGAAAAAAAUUCCUUGUAAUAAUUGUUUAAACCAGUGCUUCUCAAACUGUGGGCUGCGGUCCUCUAAGAGGCCAUGGCUAUAUGACCGUGAAAUAUUUAUUUUAUUUAAAUUGACAAUGAUGAUAACUUUAAUGAUGUAAAGCCGUAACAGUACAGUUUUGUGAAUAUUUUUAUUUUAAUAGUUAAUACUUGAAGACUAAGGACAAUAUUCCACAUAAAUUGUUUUUAUUAUAAUUUAAAAUGAGUUAAGUGAAACCCACAUUAACACUUUACAAGUGUUAGAAAAUUGAUAUUUAAAUAUAAAAUAGGUAUAGUUUGCUUAGACUAAAACUUUUAUAAUUUAAUUUUAGAUAAUUCUUAAAAUAUGAUUUUUUUAUACACAUAGCUAUUGAAAAAGAUAUCAUUCAUCAUAGACGAUGCUAUAUGAGUAUGUCGUAAUUCUCUACUUUUGAAUAGUCAUAUAAUAUAAUAAUAGUUAAACAAUUAUAUCAGCUAAAUAGAAGUGGAGAACUACAAUAUAACUAAAGUAAAAAAAUAGUUGAGAGAGUUAUACAUAUCAAAAAACUGAUCUACUUUUUUAAAAAAUAUAAAUAAAUUAUUUUUUGGAAAUUAAGGUUAACACAGCAUCACUAUUUUGAAUCAUGUUUUGUAUGAAGUAAGCAAAGAUAUAUCAUUUAAAUUUAAUGAAAUACACUAAACUUACUAUACAGUAGAGUAACUUCUCUAUUGUUUUAAUGAUUCUUUAAGAUUUUAAUUUUUAUAUUAUAAAUUAAUAGUGCCUAAUAGUUAAACUUUACUUAUUAGAUAAUGUGAUAUUUUGAAUUUUUGUUAAUACUUUCAAAACCAAAGUUGGGGCGUUGAGCCAAACGUUUGUGCAGUUAGUGAUAACUUCAGUAACUGUUGGCUAAUAGUAAUGUUAUUUUAUACUUUCAAGUUAACGUUCGCACACCAAAAAUGUGCAAAUUUUAAAUUCAUAUCUAAUAAGACAUUACAACAUUCUUGUUGUAUAAUACAAGUAUGUAAAUACAGCUCAUGUUUGUUAUACAAAAAAAGCUUUAAAAUGACAGGUUGCGGUUACUUAACAAUUUGUCUUAAAAUAUCUAGCUGUUGCUCUUUUGUCUGUAGUGAAGCAUUGUGGUUAGAAGAGUCACUAACUGCACAAAAUAGCUAACUGAGGUGUAAAAACUAUAAUAACAUAAUUAUUAAUUAAUUUCUAUGUUUAUUUUUUCUUCUACUAAAUUAUUCAUACAAAAAUUUCAUUGAAUUGUCUAUCUGUUAAAAUAUUUCCUAAAAAUUAAAAUUAAUAUAAUCUAAUGUCAUCAAGUAAUAAUCUAAUUAUUAUAUUAUUAUAGCUGUCCCCAUGCACUUUGUUGUCUUUACAAAAUGCAUACGUGUUAAGUUUGGUUGCCUAAUGCUAACAUUUAGCGUGAAGAUAAAUACUAAUUUUGGUUUUCUGAUUUAUUUCCGACAUAUCAACUUUACAUAACCGUCGCACCCAGCAUUGCAUUUUUUCAAUCAAUUAACCAAUUAUGUAUCAUUUGAAAACAAUCCAUUAUUCAAAUAAUCAAUUAAAUAAUUUAAUAAUCGCACAGCCCUAAACAUAAUAAAGAGCUAAAGAGGUAAUAUAUUGAGGUCAUUAGUCGGGAUAAAAACUAUCCUUUCUUAUUACGGAGACAAAAUUACACACAUUGGUCAUUAUUCCAUCAAAAUCAGUUGAGUAGUUUUGGAAUGCAAAGAGAACAUCAUACCUGUGCGUCUACACCAAAUGUGUAUAUAUGUAUUAUAUUAGUUAGGUAUUUUUAAAUUGUACUUUUUAGUAAUUCGUUCUCUCUAUACAUUUAAAUAAUUAUAGAAAUAUUCAUGUAUUAAAUUAAAAAUAACAAAUAAGUUAUAGUUUUUGAAUAAGGGAAAUAUAAAAUAUUUCUACUUAUUUACAAUAAAAUUAUUUUUAAAGUAUUUAUAAUACAAUUAUAAACUCGUAAUUAGUAAAUAGUAGGUAUCUAUUUUAUUAAUACUAGAAUGUUCUUAUAUAAUAUUACUUACCUACACGCUGAUAAGACACACACAAAAGAAAAAAGUCAGGUUGCACUGUUGCAGGUAGCUUGAAGCCACGGGUCGCUGUGCUGUAUACAGAAUAUAAUUAACAAUGGAUUUAAGUGACGAUGAAGAAUUUUAUGAUAGUGAUCAGAGUGAUGUGGGCGAACAAAGUUUACAUGCUAUGCUCAGUAAAACUCUUUACGAUAAAGACAAUGAGUAUGAAGAAUAUGGUGAACAAAUUGCUGGUGAAGAAGAAGCAUUGGGUAGUGUGCAAGAAGAAGUACUUGGUAAAGUCACUGAUGAUGGUGGUCAAGAAGAAGUUGUCCUAGGUCCAGUAUAUAGCGAGAAAGAAGAUCCAAAUUUGAACGAAAAAUCAAAAGGGCCAGAUUCAAAGUUUGUUAAAAAAUUAGAAGAUGCUGAAGAAGUAGUUUUAACACCAGAAGUUCUAGGUGAAUUAGAAAAUAAACAUUUUUUUGAUGGACUUGAUGAUGAUAAUUUUGAACCAAUAAAAAAAAAAAAAAAACUAAGCAAUGAUGAUAGUAAUAAUGCAAAUCCUCAUAAAACUAUUAUUAUGCAUAUACCUCAAUUCAUUCGAUGUAACAAAGGAGGUCAAUCUAUUCAAGUUCAAAACAUUGUUUGUGGUGCCAACAUGGGAUGUCCUUUAGACUUAGUAAGAAUCGUUAUGUGGACUAGUAACUCUGAGUAUAAUCCACAGCGAUUUAAUGGGCUAAUUAUGCGCCUUCGUACACCUAAUGUCACCAGUUUAUUAUUUCCAUCAGGCAAAAUGAUCAUGCAAGGAGCUAAAGAUGACCGAACUGGAAAUUUAGGUUGUCGAAAAGUAGCAAAAAUUUUAGAACGACUCGGACACAAUGUACAAUUUUGUGACUAUACAGUGCAUAAUAUUGUAUGCACAUGGGAUGUUGGUUUCCCAAUAAUGUUGGAAGAAUUAAAUACUGCUCACUCACAAUUUACCAGCUUUGAGCCAGAAGUAUUUCCUGCGUUAAUUUAUCGGAUGGUCAAACCUCGAGCAGUGUUUUUAAUGUUUGUAAAUGGAAAAGUAGUUUUGACAGGUCUUAAAACAAAAGCAGAUAUUAAAGAAUCUGUCUUUUUGAUGCAAGAUGUAUUAAACAAUUUCAGAAAAACAUGAAACAAAAUACUGGUUUUUAUUUUGAAGUUAUUUUUUGUUAAUUAUUGUAAUAUAUACUUAAGUACCUACUAUAUAAAUAUGUAUAUUGUAUGUAUAUAAAUCAUUUGUUUUCUUAAAAGAAAAUUAUAAUUUAUAUUUCCUUGGUAUUAAA